AUGGAUGUUUAUCGGUGGAACAGAGGUCCAAAACCGAAACAUCAUCUAUCAGAUACAGAAGGAGAUCUUGCUGGCCGACCGAGAGGCCGCAAAGCAGAAAAGGGAUAUCUAUUGCACCUAAAAGCGGAUAAUCACACCAUAGGCUACGAGAUUCCAUCCGCAACAAAGUCCACGAUAGCACUCGAUAUAUCAGAAUCGACGGGACACUAUGCUCCUAUACCAGCACCGGACCACCAUGGUCCGAAUUUCGAAAAGGGUCCCCUCCAAGCAGAGAUUCGGGGUCGUGCUCAUUCAGUUCACGGACCCAUCUUCCAUCAUCGUCUUCAAAGUCGAUACAAAAUUAUACCGGAAAAAUGGACUCCUCAGAUGGAUGCUGAGUACCACGAGUACAAGAGGCUGAGUAAUGCUGAGCGAGUCCAUAAAAAGGCUAUUGGCGAGGCAAAUAGAGACUUGCCUGCGGAUGAUAGAGAGAAGGCUAUUAUUGAGGCUAUCUCCCACGCAAAAGCAGCUGAAAAUCAGGGAAAAUUGACCGCACAAGCGCGACUGGGCUUUGCCCAGAAAUAUCCGCAGAGUUAUCUAAAAAAUGGUAUCGGAAGUCACAAGGAGGAAAUCGAAAAUCGUGAGAAGAGUAUAAAAAGAUUGGCAGAGAGAAGGAAAGUGCUUAAUGAUAUUCUUUAUCGAUGGGUUUUGGCGGAUUUCGAAGGGUGGAAAUGA